UCUGCAUGAAACCCAAUGAGUUCCAAGGAAUGUUUUUCCAAGAAGUUGACUCCCUAAAAAAAAAAAAAACUUAAUUUAAAACAGCAUCUCGCUCAAAGCCUCUUCAAGACUCUUCUGUUCGCUGCGCUUCGCUCACCAUGAAGAGCAUUACACUCAUUUUAGCAGCCUUGCCAUGGCAGCUAUUCCUGUUCACUCCCAAAGGGUUUUGUGACCAGAGAGUUUAUUGCCAGUGGGGGCCAUACGGUGACUGGUCAGAGUGUGAUGGCUGCACCAAAUUGCAGACAAGAAGCCGAGCCAUGGCUGUCUACGCUCAGUUUGGAGGGAACCCCUGCGAUGGGGCGCGAACUGAGACCAGGUCUUGCGAAACCACACAAGGCUGCCCUCUAGAGGAUGGAUGUGGAAACUGGUUUCGCUGUUUAUCGGGGAAGUGUAUUAGCCAGUCUCUGCAGUGUAACGGAGAUCAGGACUGUGAGGAGGAUGGACACGACGAACGUGGCUGUGACAUGGAUCAACGCACAGGCCUAUGUCAAAACUCGGUUCUCCCGCCAAACAUUGAAGAACUAGGACUCGGGUUUGAUGUGGUGUCAGGGAAGCAGAGGAGCAGUGUCAUCAACACAAAGAGCUUUGGGGGACAGUGUCGCAGCAUCUACAGCGGUGUCCACAACACUCACUACAGACUGCCUCUUAGUACUAUCCAGUACAGCUUUAUGGUCAAAGCUCAGAAUGACUUCAGUGAUGAGACAUACACCAGUAAAUGGCACUAUGCAAAGGACAUUGUCAAAAGAGAGACAGUGACCGGGACCACAACAGGAUAUAGAAACUAUGACUUUCAUGAGACACAUGACAAGACUCAGACCCAAAAGCUUUUGGUUUUAAAGAAUGACAUAGAGGUAGCUCAGUUCCAGAGCAACUCUCAUCAGUACCUCCCAUUAUCUGAGGUGUUCUGGAAGGCACUGGUUAAACUCCCAUCCGUCUAUGACUACGCUGCCUACAGGAAGGUUUUAGAGAGGUUUGGAACACAUUACCUGUCUGAGGGAAGCCUUGGAGGCUCCUUUAAGAUCAUCGCCAAAAUUGAUGAAGAAACUGAAAGAACGAUGGUCAGUGAAAGUUCUGCCUAUAAUGAAUGUACAAGGACCAAACGUUGGUUUCUUAUAUUCCCCAUCUACCAUGUGGACUGCAAGAAAGGAGGUUCUCCACAAAGAUCAUCCACUGGAGGUCAUUCCAGGCGCAAUAAUGUGCAAAAGGUGACUGUGCAGGGGGGAGGCAUUGCACACAUCGCAGCACUGGAAAGCAUGAGGCUCUCUGAUCCGGACAGAAACUGGGAAAUGUACUCAAACUGGGCUGAGUCUGUCCGAUCAUUUCCAAAGGUCAUAAAACAAACGCUGCGUCCGUUGUCAGAACUGGUGAAGGAGGUUCAGUGUGCUGGGGUGAAGAGGCUCUACCUCCGCAGGGCUAUAGAACAGUACCUUACCGAGAGUGACACAUGCCACUGCCGGCCCUGCAGAAACAAUGGCAUGGUUGUCAUGGAUGGAGAUACAUGCACAUGCAUCUGUAAGCCUGGCACAACAGGACUGGCCUGUGAGCAGGGAACUGAAGCAGAGGGUCAGCAGGGAGUGAUCCACGGUAGUUGGGCCUGCUGGUCAGCCUGGUCAGCGUGCUCUGGGGUUCGAAGGUCAAGACGUCGUUCCUGCUCUAAUCCCACUCCUCAGAACGGGGGACUACAAUGUAUCGGAGAACCCACUGAGACGUCAGACUGUGAAGACCAAGACCUGCAAUACUUGAAAACCAUGGAGCCUCAGUGCUUUGACCAAACUCUCCCAGCAAGUCAGAAGUGUGGAAACCCACCUGUUCUCAUCAAUGGCUACAUCCUGGUCCCUAAGGACAUUUACCUUGUGGGUAGUAAGGUUGAGUAUACCUGCACUGCCGGUUAUUAUCUUGUUGGUGAGAGCACCCUAGAAUGCACUGCUAAUCAAUCCUGGUCUACCAGCCCUGGACUGUGCACAGUCUCAAGGUGCAACAUUAAGUCCCUCACUAAAGACGUCAUAGCCUCACCUUUACAGCAGGCCUAUGCCAUAGGGGACACAGUCACCUUGUCCUGUCCAGUGGGUAGACAGCUACUUGGAGAAGCAACAAUUAUUUGUGACCCCAGUCUGCAUUUUUCACCAGACCCAGCAGGAAUCAAAUGCAGCCCAGUCAGUACACCACAACAACCCUCUCCUUCGGUGCAAUGUAAACCGUGGGAGAAGUCUUCCAGAGGAAAAUGUGUUUGCAAAAUGCCAUUUGAAUGCAGUUCAUCUUUGGAGGUGUGUGCCACUACUUUCGUGAAUAGAAAAUCAGUCCUUCUGAAUGUGUGCAAAAUGCAUGCACUGCAGUGUAUUGGAAAGAACUACACAAUAGCAGAGGACAGCACCUGCAAGUGGCCAGAGCACAACACAACAGGCUGCACCAACUGUCACAUGUGGGAGACCUGUGACGAUCAAACCAACGAGUGUCGCUGUAAGGACUCUGCAGAUUGCUUAACCCCGGGAUUAAAUGUAUGCGUUCAAGUUGGGGAGGAUGGGACUGCAGCGUCUCAGACCAUGAGCGAGUGUGAAGCAGGACUACAGCGAUGUAAGGGACAAAAGGUGUCAGUUGUCAGUAUCUUGCCUUGUGCUGCUUGAGGAUGCAAGAGGAGGAAUUGACCUUAUAUCUUCACCUUCCUUUACACAUUAAUCCUCAACACUUAACACUUAACCUCAUAUUUUUCAGUGAAUUAGUAUUGUACCAAGUGUCACUGCUUCACCACAUUGUAAAAGUACACAUUUAUGCAUGUAUAAAACUAUAAUGUAAAACUGUAUUGAGACAAGGAAUAAAUAGCAUAACACCAGC